UCUCGCACUCCUCCCUCGAAGUCUCCGAUCGGUGUCGGCGGCCGGUGGCCUGCGCGGAACGCCGGCGAAUGAAGGGUUGCCUGGACGGGGCCGUGCUCUGCUAGUAGGCGGCCGACGGCCUACGUGGUUCGAGGAAACUGCAAUCGGGAUGGCGGAGGAGGAUGCAGCAAGCAAGCGGAGGAGGCUGGGCCAAGAGGUGCCGUCCGGAGGAGGAGUCGGAGAAGACGGCGGCGAUCCCGACCUGAUCGGCCGCCUCCCCGACGAGGUCCUCGGCAGCAUCAUCACGCUCCUCCCCACCACGGACGGCGCCCGCACCCAGAUCCUCUCGCGCCGGUGGCGGCCCCUCUGGCGCGCCGCGCCUCUCAACCUCGAGGCCGAUUUCGGCAGCCUGACCCUCCUCGAGUCCGAGCGCGUGGCCUCCCAACUCUGCAAGUUGUUGAGCGCUCACGAGGCCCCUGUCCGUCGCUUCUCCCUCAAAUGCAACGGGCGGUACGGCCUCUCUCAACCUAUCGCGCCACUGCUCCAGUCUCACCGUCUCCAGGACAUCCAGGAGUUCGAGCUCUACGUCCGCGGUGACCUUCCGCCGUCUCUUCUCAGUUUAUCUCCAGCAGCCCUGCGCGUGCUCCACAUAUGUUCGCGUCCCGAAUCCCCCUUGUGGACCACUAGCACGCUCAGCUUCCCAAGCCUCAGGGAGCUCACCCUCGUCGACGUCGAUGUAUCUGAGAGCGCUCUCCAUGGCGUCCUGUCGAGAUGCCCUGUGCUGGAGACCUUGUUGCUGGACAACAUUCGUGCUCGCCGUGUCCGGAUCAACUCCUUGACCCUUCGGAGUGUUGGCGUAUCUGAUUGUGGGUAUCCCUGGGAGGCAAGGUUGGAAGAGCUCAUGAUUGUCGAUGCUCCACUCCUAGAAAGGUUGAUCCCACGUGUUCCAAGUCAUCACCUAGUGAUUCGGGUAAUACAUGCACCCAGACUGAGGACAUUGGGCUAUCUGCAUGAUGAUAUCCCCAGACUGCAGCUUGGAACCAUGCAUUUUGAGAAAAUGGUGCUUGUUAGGCCGUCUGAUGGGAUGCGCUCUGUGAAGAUUUUAGGCCUCCUCUCUGCUCCCAAUUUGGAUUUUGUUACUGGCUUGUUGAAAUGCUUCCCGUGUGUUGAGAAGUUACACAUUGUGUCAUAUACUCAGAUGAUUUUCAAGAAUGACGUGAAAUGCUAUGCUCCACUCGAAUGCCUUGACCGACAUCUCAAGAAGGUCCAGAUAAUAAAUUAUGAGGAGAAAAGGGCUGAUGUAAACUUCAUCAAGUUCUUCGUCUUAAAUGCUAGGGUGCUUGAAUCUAUGAAGUUUGUAGUCUGUCGUGACAAAUGUGGUGCAAAAUGGAUUGCUCGUCAGCAUAAGAAACUACAGGUGAAUGGCAGAGCUUCACAGAGAGCGAAAUUUGAUUUUGAAGCAGAUUGUAGCCGCGGGCCAUCUAGCAUGGUCGACAUGAAGCACAUCCAUGAUUUGGCUAUGGAUCCGUUUGAUAGAUCAUCGUGUAGAUGCCAUGGUGAUGCACUCCACUGAAGCUGAUUAUCAGUUGUACGAUCAAUUUGGUGUUAAACAUAUUUUGUUGCUACUAGACAAGCCUUGCUGCUGCUACGGAGAUACCCAGGCUUCUUUUGUGUUCCUGCUGGACUCAUUAUUCUCUUUGGCAGGUUUUGGAUAGUACAAUAGGGAAAUAUGUUAUGCUAGUGAUGCACUCUAAUUACGAACCAUGUUCGCCUUUUGUUUCAAAUCUUGUGGCCAUGAUGCUACUCAUGUUUAAUGUUACUGAGACCUGAUGCCAUAUGAUGAGGCAGGUUUACUUGC